AUGAAGCGUCACGCAAAAAACCUGAGUCGCGCGAAGCGAAGAAAGGCAUCAUCACUGGCCGCCGCAUUCCAAACUCACCGCCGCACCUGGGUUGUUCCUUUGAUCCUGGCGACUGCGAUUCUUCUCGUCUACGCUGUCAACCCGACCGAAUCCAAUCCGGCCUAUCCGUUUAUCUUCCUGUCGUACAAGUUGGGGGACGCGGUCGAUGGCUCCAGUGCGGCACCACAAUUCGGCAAGGGGCUUCGGGAUAUCCUCUUUGUAUGCUUCUACACAAUAGUCUUGACGUUUACGCGCGAGUUUUGCAUCCAGGAGAUAUUCACCCCUCUUGCCCGCCGGUGCGGCGUGACAUCACGCGCGAAACGGGCGCGGUUCGCCGAGAACAUGUAUACGGCGCUCUACAUCGCCUUCAUCGGGCCCUGGGGCAUGUACCUCAUGUACCGCACGCCGGUUUGGUACUUCAACACGCAUGGAAUGUACGAGGGCUUCCCGCACCGCACGCACGAAGCCGGGUUCAAGAGCUACUAUCUACUCCAGGCCGCCUUUUGGAUGCAACAAGUUGUGGUGAUGGUCUUGGGACUGGAAGCGCGGCGCAAGGACUUCAAUCAGCUCAUCGGACACCACGUCGUCACGGUAGCGCUCGUGGCGCUCAGCUAUCGGUUCCAUUUUGGCUACAUGGGCAUUGCCGUCUACAUCACGCACGACAUUAGCGAUUUCUUCCUGUCUGUCUCCAAGUCGUUGAACUACAUUGAGAGCAAGGCGCAGGGCUGGUCGUUUGGGCUGUGCGUCAUCAUGUGGAUCUACCUGCGGCAUUACAUCAACCUACGCAUCCUGUACUCGGCACUUCCAGGAGGAGAGUUCAGCACUGUCGGCCCGUACGUGCUUGAUUGGGAAGCGGAGCAGUACAAAUGCCCACUGGCCAACGUCAUCACCUUCAGCUUGUUGGCCGCGCUCCAGGCAUUGAACCUCUUCUGGCUAUACUGCUUGUUCAGGGCCGCCUACAAGUUCGUUAUUCUCGGAGUGGCCAAGGAUGACAGGUCGGAAGCAGAAGACGAGGGCGAGGAGGCCGAGAAAAUGCUUGACGGAAAGGCUCCCCAUAAGGACGAUCCGUUGGCGACAGUGGUGGGCGAUUCUGAUGUACCAGCCCAAGUUGCUGGCAACGGACUGGGACCGAGUCAAGGGCCGGUGAUGCAUAGGAAGACCAGGGCGAGUGUAACUAAUGGGUAA